GGAUGAGUGACGACGAGGACAAGACCAGUCUGCAGACGAUUGCGCGUGAUAUUGCGAGGGUCCACUGCUGCCUAAGCAAGCCUAACGCCAGGUGCAGCCCCACCGUCAAGCUCGAUGACCUCACCGUUGCUUCGUGGCCUCUCUCGACCGAGACCGUGGCAGCGCUCAUGACCACGUACCCCGAGCGUGUGCCGGCCAAGGACGUCACGAUCCACAACAGUUCUCACUUUCUCCGUGGUGAUUUUUUUUGCGAAUGUGACCUGCUCGGCGAGCUGGAUCCCGCGCCAGACGAUUCCAAUUACUUCUCGAUGGCGUACAACACGAGGCUGGCGCAUUUUGCGAUCGACUUGACCGGCGACGCAUCCAAGUUGAAGCCAGCAACCCGACCACCACGCUACACGUUUGCCACGGUUGUCUACUUCUUCCCGUCCAAGUGCGUCGGUGGCGCCGUCACCAUCUCGGACAACGACUGGACGACGACGUUCGAGGCCGUCGACGGGUGCUUUCUCUCGUUCUACAGCACGUGUGACGUGACGGUGGCGCCCAUCACGUCCGGACACCGGGCUUGUGCUGUGUAUCACGCUGCGUACGACUUGGAAGAAUCGGGGUGGCACAGCAAAGUGCCCAAGGCUUGGUACGCGCCGCGGCCGCUGCCGUCGGUCCAAGUCCUCCAAGACGUUGCUUGCCAAUACGAUCCGGAGGGCUACAUUGGCGUCGCGAUCUACCUUGAGUCACCCAGCUUGACGCCGACGUUUGAUUCGCUCACGGGUCGUGACAAGGCGAUCGUCGAUCGGCUGGUGGCCACGGACGUCUUUGACAUUGUAUUUGAACGGCCGACCCAAGACGACAAGAAAGUCACCGAGCCCAUUCCGCCGCUGCCCGAGACGUUCCACCCAUUGUGUGCGACACCGGCGCUCGUCCAAGAGAUCUACCACCAGUCGCCAAUCAAGGAGUUUGCAGACGUCUCCGAGGCGCGUGGCAAGGUUUACUUCGGGUGGCCCAUUGAGAGCGACGGGAUAAAAGUGCAUGGCUGCUUUCUCCUCGUGUGGCCCAAAGCGGCGCGCGUGCACAUUCUGGGCUACAACCGCUUGAUGUCGGUCUUGCGUGCCAACUUGGACGGUGAUAUGACCGACGACCUCGGCUUCGGAUCGCUCGACGGCGCCUUGACAGCUGCCUUCCGGUACUUUUACCCCGAGGACAACUACGGUUCAGGCCCCGACCAAAUCACGUCCGCGAUGGCGUCCUUGCUCUACGACCACGGUGACGUGGAGCUCAUCGAGGCGUUUCUGGACGUACACGACCAGUGGGCCGACGAUAAGGACAUGGCAAAGUGGAUUGUUGCUGUGAUUCGACGCUUUGGCGGCGCCCGGUUCCAGCAUCGACUUCAAACGGCCGACAUCACGAUCGAAUUCGCUGCUCAUUUGGUGCACCUCGCGACCACCGGCGACGCCGUCGCGCACUCGAUCGCGCGUGUCUGCAUCCCGCUGUGGUGGCCACGUCUCUUGUCGACCCUCCGCAAGACCCACCGCGACUUGCCCCAGCAAGUCCGCCGAAUGUUUGACAUCGAAACGUACAUGCUUAUGCACCCCAUCGACACGGCGGCAUCGACGUAUCUUGGUUUGCACUUGCCCGAGGUGCUCGUGCGCAAAGCUCUGUUCACCUCGCUGGCUACCUCCCUGCUGCCCUGUGGCCGCAUCGAAACACGCUAA